AUGGAAGACAAAUCCAAUUCGUUCUCGAGCAACAAAGAGGAGAAAGCGGAUGGGAAUAAUGUGUUCCAGAGGCAAGACUCGAUCCUGAAGAACAGCAUGGGGAGUCAGAACAUGAAAGACCACGGCAACUCAGUGGGUGGCAAGGGGGACCGGGAAGAAGCCAUGGUCGGCUUUGACGAUAUAGACGCCGCGUCCAGGCAAUACGGGUUUAUGCAGCGGCAAUUUGGAGCCAUGAUGCAGCCCGGGGUGAAUAAGUUCUCCUUGCGGAUGUUCGGCAGUCAGAAAGCCGUGGAGAAAGAGCAGGAGAGGGUGCAGACGGCUGGAUAUUGGAUCAUUCACCCCUAUAGUGAUUUUAGGUUCUACUGGGACUUGAUAAUGCUCAUCAUGAUGAUGGGGAAUCUAAUUAUCAUUCCUGUGGGAAUUACCUUCUUUUCCGAGCAAACCACCACCAGCUGGCUCGUCUUCAACGUGGCGUCGGACACCAUCUUCCUGGUGGACCUGGUCAUGAACUUCCGAACGGGAAUUGUCAAUGAGGAAAGCUCGGAGAUCAUCCUGGACCCAAAGGUCAUUAAGAUGAACUACCUGAAAAGUUGGUUCGUGGUAGACUUCCUGUCCUCCAUCCCGGUGGAUUAUAUCUUUCUAAUAGUGGAGAAAGGCUUCGACUCAGAGGUCUACAAGACGGCCCGAGCGCUGCGCAUCGUACGCUUCACCAAAAUCCUCAGCUUGCUCCGUCUUCUCAGGCUUUCACGCCUCAUCAGAUACAUCCACCAGUGGGAGGAGAUCUUUCAUAUGACGUAUGACCUGGCGAGUGCGGUGGUAAGAAUCUUUAAUCUGAUUGGCAUGAUGCUGCUGCUCUGUCACUGGGACGGAUGCCUGCAGUUCCUGGUGCCGCUCCUGCAAGACUUCCCUCCCGAUUGCUGGGUGUCGCUAAACGGUAUGGUUAACGACUCGUGGGGGAAGCAGUACUCAUACGCCCUGUUCAAGGCCAUGAGCCACAUGUUGUGUAUCGGGUAUGGAGCCCGAGCGCCUGUUAGCAUGUCCGACCUCUGGAUCACCAUGCUCAGUAUGAUCGUUGGCGCCACCUGCUAUGCCAUGUUCGUGGGUCACGCCACAGCCCUCAUCCAGUCUCUGGACUCGUCCCGACGACAGUACCAGGAGAAGUACAAGCAAGUGGAGCAGUACAUGUCCUUCCACAAGCUGCCUGCCGACAUGCGUCAGAAAAUCCACGAUUAUUAUGAACAUCGUUACCAGGGGAAGAUAUUUGAUGAAGACAGCAUCCUUAACGAGCUCAACGACCCGCUCAAAGAGGAAAUUGUGAACUUCAAUUGCCGUAAGCUGGUGGCCACGAUGCCUCUGUUUGCGAACGCGGACCCAAACUUUGUGACAGGAAUGUUGAGCAAACUGAAGUUUGAGGUCUUCCAGCCCAACGAUUACAUUAUUCGUGAGGGAACCGUGGGGAAAAAGAUGUACUUCAUACAGCACGGAGUGGCCAGUGUCAUUACCAAAUUCAACAAAGAGCUCAAACUCACUGACGGAUCCUACUUUGGAGAGAUCUGUCUGCUGACGAAAGGACGCCGUACAGCUAGCGUCCGUGCGGACACCUACUGCCGGCUUUUCUCUCUAUCUGUUGACCAUUUCAAUGAAGUCCUGGAGGAGUAUCCCAUGAUGCGCCGUGCUUUCGAGACUGUGGCUAUUGACCGCUUGGACCGCAUCGGGAAGAAGAACUCGCUCCUGCUCCAGAAAUUCCAGAAGGAUCUGAACGCUGGCGUCUUCAACACUCAAGAGAACGAGCUGCUGAAGCAGAUCAUCCGGCAGGACCGAGAGAUGGUGAUGAUGGUGGAUCGGAAGCAGUCAGUCACGGGGAUGAACUCCACGCCGAUGUCUGGAAACUCCAUCAUUAACUCUCCCGCUCAGCCACCGUUCGCUACAGCGACAGCUAUUCUUGGGAACAACCAAUUACAGCAGCAGGCCGCCCCACUAAGCUACAGCACCUCCGCCACUAUAACCCCGUCAGGUCGCGUGCCGCCUUCACAAGGCGUCACGUUUUCAGCACCGAGCGUUUCUCAUGGCAAUUUGAGCUCCUCUUCGCCCAAUCCCCCUACGCCCUUGCAGCAGCCAGCAGGGGCAAUUAUGUCCCCUUGUUCGUUCACUACUUCCAUUUGCAGUCCGCCAGUGCAAACCCCUAUAGCUAGCCGAACAUUCCAGUAUGGAUCACCGACGGCCUCCCAACUGUCCCUUGUACAGCAAGCCUUACCACAGCAAUCCUCCCCAGCCUCUUUACCCCAACCACCAGCCCAACAGCAACCGCAAGGGGCGUCCCCUCAGAGGAGUGAUGUCCACAAGAGUGCGCAGGCCCUCCAGUCUGGCAGCCUGAGCAAGGACUUACGCCACCUCUCCGCCUCGCAGCCCUCGCUGCCCCACGAGACCUCACUGGCUGCCCGGGCGCACCCCACAUCGGGCGAAUCACUCGCUUCCAUUCAGCCACCACCCAUGGGAUCCGCGGCAGGCAUCCAGGCCCCGGGCUCCGUGCUGCAGAGCGGCAUCCGCACCAACGUCCCUCAGAGGGUUGCCCUUUUCCGGCAGAUGUCAUCGGGUGCAUUACCGCCAGUGCGCACAGCACCCUCUAGUGCCCAGCACAGGGAUUCAACGGGCUCCAGGAGAGAGUCGGCAGUCUUAAGCAGUACAGAGACGGAACAAGACAAGAUGCGAUUCGCAUCGAAUUUAUGAUCCCGUUUUACUUUUUUCAUGUUCAUUUUUUUAAAAGAUAUUUUGAUUGAUUUUUAUGGAGAGACUACCGAAAAAAAAAAAACGGGGAAAAGACUUGUAUUUUUUUUCCUCCAACUUCCUCUGAAAAGAUAACCUCAUAGCUAUCCUGUACAGAAUUUCCUUGUACUAUAUUUUAGACACACUUCCCCUUCAACUUAAGAAUGUAUAUUAUACAAAUCUCUCUCUCUAUAUAUAUAAAUAUAUGUGCAAAUCCAACUAGAAUAUUUGGCACCGACCAUAUGGGAAAGAAAACAAACUCUAGUAUAAACGCAAGUCUUCCUCUCAAACAUAUGUGACUAUAACUUGUCUGAAAAUGGUCUUUUCUGUUGAUGUUUUUUUCUUACAGUUAUGUUUUUCGUUAUCGUUUUGGGUAUGGGAAUGCAAUGAUGUUUUUUUUUUCUGUUCUCGAAGAGAAGCUGACAAAACAAGUCCAGCAUUCAGCAGCUUUUGACAUCACUGUGGAAAAUGUUUGCGCAUAUCAAAUCUGGGAAAAAUACUAAAUGUUUAAAAAGCACAUCUACAAACUGUUACUGUCUGGAAAAAGAAAUAAUGAUAAUAGUAAUAAUAAUUUUAAUUAUAAUAUCAGAAAAAAGGUGCAGUUUCGAUCUCUGCAAUACAUUGUGUUGUGCAAUAAUUGCGUCACAUUUUAAGAAGGGAAUUAAUGUGUUGUUUUCAUUUUUCUUUUUAAUAUAGUUUAUUUUUGUCAAGGAUGUGUGGUCAAAUCGGACUUUAUUUUCUGAUUUCAGAAUGAGACGGACAUUAUGAAAUGUCACUUAAAGACUGUACAUUUACAAUAUUUAUAAAAACUAAAGAUUAUCACCAUUAUGCAAUAGACUGUGAUAUAAAGAUUAUCUAUAUGUGUGUUGUACAUAGUUUUGUAGAGCUAGUAUUUACAAAAAGUAACGUGUGGUGCAUUUCUCAAACAUGGCAAUGUCUUAUCUCUGUCAGCAGCCUGGGUAAUGCCUAUAUAUGCAUAUAUAUAUAAAUAUAUAUAUUCAAAUGGUAAUAUGUGACGACAAACAUCAGAAACAAUCAUUAGAGAUAAGAAAACCUUAAUGCAAAUAGUAGCGUUACAGAGUAGGUAGUAAUAAAGACAAUUCAUGUAUUCAGAAAUAUCAUGCUGGCGAAAUAUAACGAUAUAUGAGUGAUUAUAGUGCAGUUGGGGGAGGGGAAAUGCAUCAACAUUAUCAACAAAGCUUAAUGCAUCAUUUCCAAAUCUCUAAAUGAGAAUCAAAUGCAUUUAUCUGAUCAUGUUAGGUCUGCUUCCAUACCCUGAUAGGCGCUUUAUUUUUAUAUUAAUAGUGUUCUUCUUAUGAAUCAGUAUUAAUAACUCACACACACACACACUACUCCAACUUCUGUUAUGGCAAUGCAUAUUCCAUUAUUGUUUGCAUUUAACAUUUUAAGACUGUGAAAACCACAUUAAUGUAUUUAUUUACACUGUAUGUCAUGCUACUAAUGUUCUCACCGAGUCCAAGACACGUAACAUACUGUAAUAAUCUGUAAACCGACAGCACUGGGGAGAUUAUUGUCAAAAGAUUUACAGAUUUGGAAGAAAGAAAAACAGAAGCUGCUUUGCAUUAAGGUUUUUAUCUCUUCCGCGUGUCGAUUCAUCCAGUCCGGGGCUUAAGACUUUGAAAUAGCAUGUCAUUCACCUGUAUUGGGGGUUAAACAUUUGGUUACCCCUUCUAUUUUUAACGAAUUUGUGCAAUACAGCUACCGAAAGUCUGUAGGACUGAUCUGACCUGUGCAAAGUCUCCAAGCCCCCUUGCACAAUGUUUUUAAAGAUGAUCCCCCUCCAAAAAACCCUAACAAAAGACAAAAAAAAAAACACUUGUGUCAGUACUGUACCGGUGCAAAUCCCAUAAAGCGAUCAUAAACGCAUGCAUUGUCACAAAUACUUAAAAAAAAAUAGAGAGAAACUAUUUUAAAAAUGUUGACGUUUAAAUGUAUUGUGAGAUUACGUUUUUUUGUUUCGUUUCUUGUCUGCCUAGACGUUCUCUGUGCGUAUCAAAAACAUUGCGUUUUCACGAAAAAGGACAUUCUUAAGUAUUUGUGCCUAAACUAUAGCCAUGUUUCAUCCUUUUCAUUUUAUGAACGUGAGUCGUGUUGUGUGUGCGCAUUCACACACAUGCACACGUAUGUAAACCAGUGUAUACGUGUAUGUUCAAUGUUUUCUGACAAGAACAAAAUGCAAUGGGAAUGGCCAAACGUAUUGGAU